AAGAGAAGCUCAGUCAGCUGUCACAGUCUGAGGCGAGAAGAGGAUCACAGGCGGACACAAACACACUACAAAGAGACAAAAUGUCGAGUUUUUCCAACAAGUUCAGCGCUUACACGAUGACUCAACUCAACGAGAUCCUAGAGGACGACGACAAACUCACUAAAAUGGUCCAGGAGAUGGAUGAGAUGCAGGAAGUCCAGCAGAGCAAGGAGACGACGCUGGUCACCAACCGGACCCUGGCGGAGCAGAACCUCGCCCUGCAGCCCCGCCUGGAGCACAAGAAAGAGGAGCUCACCAAGCACUACAACUGUCUACAGGAGGGCUUCGAGUCCUAUCAGCUCCGCAAGUCCACCCUAGAUCACAAGUCAGGAAACACCUCUCUGGACAUCCUGCUGGCCCUGCUGCAGGCUGAGGGAGCCAAGAUAGAAGAGGAGACCGAGAAUAUGGCUGAUUCCUUCCUGGACGGGGACAUGACCAUGGAUUCCUUCAUCGACGCCUACCAGAGCAACAGGAAGCUGGCCCACUUGAGAAGGGUGAAGAUCGAGAAGCUGCAGGAGAUGGUGCUGAAUGGUCAUCGGCUCCCCCAGGCGUCGGUCCCUAACUCCCACUCUCAGGAUGUGUCCUCCUCGUCCCUCCUCAACGAGGCCGGCAACAGCUCCUCCCCCGUCGCCCAGCCCAGGAGGAAACCCCCAAAUCCUCCAUCCCAGCCGGCCCCAGUUCUUAAUCCAGCUCCGACCGCUGCCCCCCAGCCUUCUCUCAUGUACUCAUCACCGUACCCGCCGAUCCCUCCCAGAACGGGCCAACCCUUCCCCAACGUGUCCUCUGGCUACCCCAACCACUACCUAGCUCAGUACCCACCAGCUCUGCCUCAGAGGCCCCCCCCUCGUCUGGCCGCGCAGCCUGGCUUCAUCAUGCAGUAGAUAACAGGCCCGGCGCCGCUCAGAGGACGCAGUGUGUGUCGUUGACUUUUUUCGCUACUGGAACUCCUCUGAGACCUAUUUUUCUAUGACGUCUGCCUUUCUUGGAAUACGACCAAUCACAACACAAGAAGGCGGACGUGCACUGGCCGGUCUGGUCACGUUCAGCUGAAGCAGAUCUCCGAUAAUCUCUGUGGAUUCGCGCUCACCUCUCACUCCCAUUGACACUCCCAACAACAAAAGAAAGCCGUGUCGAGAUGGGCCUCGACUCCGGCCGACCUGAGUCCCUUCAGUCGAGCAGUGUGUGGGUUCGCUGCUCUGGGAUCUGUUAUCAAUCAGCACCUUGUGUCUCCUGGCAGCGCCCUCAGCUCUGCAUGCCCAUCACUUUCUCAGUCUCUCACCUCCCUUCAGACACGUUCCUCAAGCUCUUCUGGAACGCUGAAGUCAUCCAAAUAAGGGUUUGAUUAGUCACUUCCAUCUGCAGCAUACUGAUUUACUGGUAAUGUAUAUGCAAAGCAAAGAGAGACCCAUAAUUACUGUGCAGUAAUCCCAGAAUAUAUUCAGGCAAAACUGCAUCUAUGCUGUGACUUUUUUUUUUUUUUUAAUAUACAAAUUCACAAGGUACAUAUUUGAGUGUCAGCAUCUUUUUAUGAUCUAGUACUAAUGGAGUUAUGUUAAUGAUAGACUGAUUAACACGUGUAAAGGAGGGCUUUGGUUGGUGGAUCUCUUCUUCAGUGUGUGUGGCUGUGUCUACAGAGACGCCAGACCUGCCUGGUCCAAGAUGGCUGUUGUCCUUCUCAGGGCAGAGGUCAAAGGGCAGGUGAAGGAGAGGAUCGGUGGCUGAACUAUUGUAACACAUGACUAGGCCAGUUAAGCCUUGUCUGAAAUGAAGGACUUUUGUAUAGCCAUACAGUACACUUCUGGUGUGUAUCGUUUUUCUGUGGGUUCCUGUUCUAAUGCAACACUCCUCUAUAGUGUCCUUUGUCUUAAAACACCCUUCGUUGGGAUUGGAGAUUACGCCAACAGUUUUCUUUGAGUUCCUGUUCAGUUUUCUGUCACACUGAGCACCAAAGACUUCCCACAUCACUCUGUGUUCUCACCUUUUUUUUUUAAUGUGAGUCAAGCAUUUAGUGAGAUAAUCCGCCGUCGUUCCCAACAUAUCUGUUUGUGGUGUUGAGCUCAAACACUCUUUGUAAACAUGCAAGUGAGAUUUCUUCAAGAGGAACUUGCAAGGUCAACCCGGCUUUGGGAGGAAAACCUUUUCUGCUGUGACAGAAAUUCCCUUUUUUUUCCCUCCCAAGCUGCCGUCGCUGUGCACUGUUGAAGAGCCGCGAGUGCCUACACUUGAAGUGACGUCGAUCACGUCCUGCUGACUACUCCAUGUUUCUCUGUGCUCAGCUGUCGAGGUUAGAAUCACCGGCCUUCAAAGAACAAACUGGCCAAGCGUUUGGUCUCCUCCUCCUGCUACUGACUUCAUGUUCCACCAGAUGGUAGUAGAGGCAGUCUGACUGACUUACUGAACAUGUGCCAGAAAGACCAGGGACGCCCUCAGGCUGUGUGCCUAGUGGUGCUUGUGCUUCUCUUCCAUUCUUCUCCAUUGUAUUGAGGUUUGCCUGGGGGGGGAAGUGAAUUCAGACAUUUUUGCAUGUGUUGUUGUUGCUGUUUAUUUUUUUUUUUAAUUGGUGAAAUAACAGGGCUCCGUUUUGUGUCAUAUCUCGGUGAUAAUACUUCACCUCAAGGCAAAGAAGUGGACCACAGAAUGAACAAAGCAGGCGAAACUCCAGAAAUAGCUGAAGCUGAAACAUCGACAUCACGAUGAACCAGCAUUUCUAAAAACUAACAAUGGAUCACUCUUUAGUGCAUGGCCUUCGCUCUUUAUGUCCAGUCUGAAGAUUCCUCUUUAAUACCUUUUCUGUUUGUUUGUUUGUUUAGCUGCUUUUUACGUUCGAACUGAUCCUCUAUCCAUGGUUUUAUAUGUGCUUGGUGAUAUUUCCAGUGUAAUGUUGUAGGUAUUUACUUAUAAUGAAUGUUUAAGUGGAAUUUAAUGCUAUUUUCAAGUUCAAUAAAUCUCAAAUUUUUGUA